AUGAUUAUAAGCAGGCCAAAAAAUAUGCCGAAAAUUGCUAUUCCGCAUGAUAGAUUCAAUGCAAAGGCUUUAGUCAACAGAGAAAAUCGUUUUUAUGUGAAAAAUUAAUCCUUGAGAGCCAAAGAAUAAUAACUAUAAACUAUAGGCGUUGAAGCAGAUUGA